CGUUGAAUUGUACUUAAAAAUGUCUGCCAUAACAUUGUUGCGACGUAUUGUCGGAAGACAAAUAUUUAAUUCUUUGGCUAAUCCGACAUCAGUAUCGUUUCAAAUACAACCUAGAAGAAAUCAAUGGAAAUUACUUAAACUUCCAAAACCAGGUGUUACAGGAACAAGUUACAGGCGAACUGUACAUUUCAAAGAUGAAUAUACGAUCGAACCACUGCAGGUUACUAAUUUAGCCGGUCGAGAUCCUGUAUCAGGAAGAGUAAUAGUUAAGGGUAUCGGUGGUGGUAUAAAACACAAGUACCAUUGGAUAAAAUGGAUAAGGGAUGGUCCGACUGAUCUGAAUGAAAAACCAAAAGAGGAAAAGGUACUCGAGGUUUUCAAGGAUGGUUGUAGAACAUCCUUCGUCGCACUCGUUGGUUCGGGUGACGAAUUGAAGUAUAUUUUAGCGACAGAAAACAUGAAGCCUGGAGAUAUUAUAAAAACACACAAAGGUAUCCCGCGUAAUCCUGUAAGGGCAAAUGAGGGCGAUGCUUAUCCCUUGGGUGCUCUACCGAUGGGUACUAUCGUGAACUGCGUUGAAAAGUAUCCCGGACUUGGAGGAAGUCUUAUUCAUUCGGCUGGGACCUCAGGUACGAUAAUUGCCACGGAUGGACUGGAUAGGACAGUUGUGCAAGUACCUAGUAAGAGAAAGUUUAGUUUGGACAAUAGAUGUAUGGCAACGGUAGGACGUUUGUCGAAUAUUUUACAUGGUUCCACACCAAUCGGUAGCGCUCAAAAAAAUCGCGAAUUGGGUAAUCGUCCAAGAAGUGGUCUUUGGCAACGAAAAACUGGCAGAUUUGGAAGGAAAAUAAAACCACCAAAGCGUCUUAGACAGUUAGGCGCCAACGGUGAAUUUCUUCCAAAAUAUACAAUUAUUGUUUGUAAUAUACCUGGUCUUAAUUAAUUCUUUAGAUUUAUAUUAAUUUUAUGAUAUAUAUAUAUAUAUAUGUA